AUGCGGGGACGGAUCAGGACAGGGCCCUCUCCACAAGCCCUUCAUCGUACACCCAUCCGAUUGCUCGAGCGUCUACUGGACUCGCACUCGGCGUGCGCUCUAGCAGCAUCACAGGCGGGGCUUGUGGCGAAGGAAGGAGGCCUGAUCAUCAACGGUAGGCCCCGAGGCCUACAGCUAUCAGUGUGUAAUGCUGGCUAUCUCGGAUAG